AUGUCUGCUACCAAUUCAACCAUUGCAUCCACCUCUUCGCCGGAAACUGCCACGGUAGCUCUAUCUACCGCGGCUUCUUCGAAGUUGGUUCCAGCAGCUGUUCCAGCAGUUAGUCCAUGGGGAAAGACGUUGGAUUCAAACACACCUGACACUGUGUCCAGUGCUACAAACAAGGAGGCGUCGACCCAUUCCAAGAUUCAAAAGAGUUGGCCCGCCGCUGAAAGUGCCUUGAAGACGACAACUUCUCCAAAGGUCAAACAAACACCUCAAAUGCCAAAGGUGAAGUCCACAGGGAAGGAGAAAUGGGUGAAGUACGAUGCAGAAAUCAUCAUUUCCUCAAGUACCGGUGGGAACCAGCACAAUGGUAACAACCAGAGUAAGAAGAAAAACAGUAACAAUGGCAACAGUGCUGGGAACAACAACAAUAACCAAAAGAACAAUCAAAACAAUGGUAAAAAGAAGCAGAAUAAUGCUAGCAGUAAGGCUCACAAAAAGGAUCAGAACAAGAAGAAUGAUCAUCAUCAAGGCGCCAACGGCCAAGAAAAGAAAUCACACAACAAAAACACAAAUGCCAGUACGCCGGAGAAGAAGUUAGCUAACUCCAUGACGAAUAUUUCAAUAGAUGGUGGGAAACAAUCUGAGCCAGACCGUGAGGAAUCCGCAUCUCCAAAUACCGUCCCUGUUGAGAACGAAACCACCAGUGGAUCCAAUGGCGAGAACAAAAGUGGUACAUUGAAUAAUGGUGCUAUUGAUGGUGUCGAUGAACAGGAAAUUGAUAAUUAUUCUAAUCAACAGGGUGCACAAUUCAAAAAGCAAUACAGAAAUUCUGAACCAUAUCUCCCAAGCCCUAAUGCACAAGGUGGAUACAAACGCCGUUUCAACAAUAAGGGUUUCAACCCAAGAAAUUCCUUUGGAGGGUUCCAGAAUAUUCCAAUGGUCAAUCCAGGGUUUAACAAUUACUACAUGCCAAUGGUAAUACCACCAAACAGCUUUAGCUAUGGUGUUCAAACUCAGAGAUUCCCACCACAACAGUUUGGUAGCGUUCCCCAAAAUCCAGUAUCGAGAUCCAAUUCCCACUCUCCUUUGAAAGGUGAUUAUGCCACUAUAAAUGGCGUUCCACAAGGUUUCGAUCCUACUGGUGCAAGUGCUGGAUUUUUACCACAAUUUGUUCAACAGCAAGCUCUUUUCACUCCGUACCAGCAGGAUCCAAAUGCAUUAAUCGUCAGCACUGUCAGUUACUACUUUUCUGAUGAAAACUUGGGUAAGGAUAUCUAUUUGAGAAGAAACAUGAACUCGAAGGGAUUUGUUCCAUUGUCUGUUCUCAUUAACUUUAAUAAAUUGAAGAGUUUAACUGGUGGUGAUAUGAACGUGCUAUUGAACGCUUUACAAAACUUCCCUGAAGUUGAAAUUGUCAAUGGUAAAAUUAGAAGAAGUUACAACUGGGGAAUAUGGAUUGUUUCCUUUGAUAAGCGUCUACCUGCUGGUCAAGAUGAUGACGAGGAUGAAUCUAUCACAGAUGCUACUAAAGAUAGCUAA